GUUAGCACGAUUUGUGUCAUUCUUGGAACUGUACUAGAAAUACUUUCGGUUCACCUUGACUUUCAGCUUACCCUUCUCUUGACAGUGGGAAGUUUGAGUCCUUUAUAGUUUGAGUUCUUAUGUCUGUGUUUACUUAGAAAGUUUAGUAUUUAGCCUACUUAAAUUUGCAACGUAGCUACUACCAUAUACAGGACAUGGAGUCAGACGACUGCGAGUUCGACUCCACAUGGGAGGAUGAACACCAAAAUAAAACACCGAGGAAGAAGAUGUACAGAAGGAGUCGCAGGAACAUGUAUGCUGCAAAAGACAUGCAAGACUUUCGGCAUAGUUGCCAGUUCCUUGAUUAUGACGAUGAAGAGCCUGUUCGUGACUUCUAUAACCUGGAGUUUUACCAAGGUCGAAUAAGAUCUUCACCUGACAAUAUUCACAUUGAUGACUUUCACAGGCAUUGGUGGGGUCAAUAUCGUUGGCUGGAAGAAGUUCACUCCUAUGUUCAAUGGUUGUUUCCUAUACAGGAGCAAGGGUUGAACAGGUUGUCACAUGUGCUCACAAAAAAGGAAAUAAAGCAUUUCCGUAGAAAUAGACAAGCACUGCGUAACUUGGUGAAAUCAUAUGAAGUCAUGUUGGAUUUCUAUGGUAUACGUUUGAUCAAUAUAGACACAGGCGAGGUGAGACGUGCUUCAAACUGGAGGCAACGUUUUAAAAACUUGAACAGGUAUACACACAAUAACCUGCGCAUUACACGGAUCCUGAAGUGUUUGGGAACUCUAGGAUUGGAGCACUAUCAGGCCCCGCUGGUCAAGUUCUUCCUCCAUGAGACUCUUGUGAACGGAAAUCUUCCAAGUGUGAGACAAAGUGUACUAGAUUACUUUAUAUUUGCGGUGUUGGACAAAGCAAAGAGGAGGGAGCUGGUUAGAUAUGCUUAUGAGCAUUUCAGACCCAGAGAAGACUUUGUCUGGGGCCCAAAGAAGAUUCUGCAAAAGGAAACUUCAAAAGAAGGUGAGCAGGAAAGGGUGAUGACCCAUAAGACCAUGCCUGGAAUGAACAAAACACAUGCUCGUCCUUAUCCUCUUGAAAGGAUGGGAAGUGAGAAACUUCAUAAAAAUUAUCACCAGAAAGAUGGUAAAGCAGUUAGUCGAAACACAUUUACGGUAACAGAGAAAAGACGAAUUGGUGGAAACGCACGCUGUUUAUGUUUUUAAUGUUGACAUGUCAGAAAAGUGCCUGGUGGUGAAGAUGAAAUUCAUCUAGAUGAAAGUUUACAAAAACUUCUGUAAAUGUGCCAGUUCAAACAAGCUGACUGAACUAAGUAUCAAAAGUGUUCAGGAUGCUGAUGCUAAUGAAGAGUCAUAUGGUUAUGAUACCCUUAAGGGGAACCAAAGCACAAGUGUUU